AUUAUGAGUGAAAGAAGAGAAGAAGAUACAACUAUUGUUUAAGCAGCAAUUCCAGCAGCAUUAGAAGGUGCUAAAAAAGCAGAAGAAUUGGAAAAAAAACUUAAAGAGUAUUCAUCAUAUAAAAUAUAUUAAUUUAUAGAUAAGGAGGAUAAAAACUUGAAGAUGCUGAAAAAUAAGCUUAAGAAUAAGUUGCUAAAGUAUAAGAGAUGAUUGGUUUUACAGGAAAUUAAGCAUAAGUUGCUUAAUAAUAAUCAUUAGUUGUUGCUGCUGCAUAAUAUAUAGUUGGAAGUUUAUUAUCAAUGUUGAUAUUAUAACUUGGUUUCUUUGGAUCCAUUCUUACUUUUAUUCCAUUCUUAUAAUAAUUGACAAUUAUUUUAUACUUAGUUUCUAUUUUAAUUGUUCAAUUCUGUCCAGAAUCUGUUAAUAAGGUAUAUAUACUCUAUAUAUUUAUUAGCUUCCUAAAAAUUUUGGAUUUUUUAUCAUUCAUUCAGCUAGCAAAAUUUUAUUAAUGGUUUACAUUACUAUUCAUUUUGAAUCACUCAAAUUUGAACUCAUUUAAUUAGUAUUUGGAAUUGUCAUUCUAUUUUUAUUUUAUCAAAUUAAAAAAGGAAUAAGUAAUUCAAUUAUUACAAUUUCUAGGUGAAAAUGAAGACAUCGCCUUAAUUGUUAAGAAAUAAUUCUUUAAUGUUUUAAUUGUAUCUGCAAUCAUUUCAGGAUUUAUGGGAUUAUUAACAAGAUCAAACUUAUUUAUUACCAUUUUACUCAUUAUUGUAGGAGCUAGUUACACUUAUUAUUUAUAAUUGGCUUUAUAAAGAUUUUGUAAUCAUCAAUUCUUAUUCAUCAAUAAAAAUGAUUUAUAUAUGGGUGCUGCUUAACUAGACGCAGAUUUAUUUUUAUGGUGUAAGUUGGUUGGAUUUCAUUGCAUUAAAAAGAAUGAAGAUGGAAAUUAUAUUCCAAAUUAAGAUAUUGAAGAAGAAAGUAAAUAAAAAGAACCAGAAGAAUAAAAUAAAAUAUGAGGUAUUCAUAAAAAUAUAAC